AUGAUAAAGAGAAAGUCUAGCUCAGGUCGCCAAAAGAUUCCAAUCGAGAAAAUACCAAAAAAGAGUCAUCUACAGGUUACAUUCUCAAAACGUCGUUCAGGACUUUUCAAAAAGGCUAGUGAGCUUUGCACACUUUGUGGAGUAGAAAUUGCAAUCAUUGUUUUCUCUCCCGCCGAUAAGGCCUUUUCGUUUGGCCAUCCAGAAGUUGAGUCCAUAAUAGAUUGCUAUUUAACUCGAAACUCUCCAUUAGACCAAAGUACUAACCAACUUGUUGAGGCUCAUCGUAAUCUCAACAUGCAACUUACCCAAAUCCUUAAUCAGUUGGAUAUUGAAAAACGAGGAGAAGAGCUAGAUCGAGCGCAGAAAGUUAGGCAGAGACAAUUCUGGUGGGAGAACCUCAUUGAUGAACUUGGAUUGCAUGAGUUACAACAUUUAAUGUUUUCAAUGGAGGAGCUAAAGAAGAAUGUUGCACAAUAUGCUACCAAAAUGUUGAUGGAGCAUACCACUAUUACUGGGCCUGGGCUGAAUGGUUUUGGGCUUUGUGAUGCCUUCACCAACAAAUCCCUUGAAAUUUAUGCUAAUGCUAGUUCAUCUACUAUUGCUAAUGCCGCUAAUCUGAGUUUCCGAAACUGA